AUGGGUUUAUUUAGUAGGAAACAACGAGAUCAGUCGCCAGUAUCUGCAUCUUCGAAAGCAGAUCUGAUUCCUAUUGAUCAGGUUAUUGUUGAGCCUCCAGAGCAGUAUGGUAAGGCAUCUCCGAUUGGUAAUAUUAGUGAGGCUCAGUAUGGUGUUUAUAGAAAAGUAUUAGAACAUUUCCAAGAUGACGAGUUUGAAUUGCCAUUGAGUACUAAGGAUAAGGUGAAUCGUCGAUGUUUGAGUUCAUGGGAAAAGUUUUGGUUGACUAGGGAAUGUAUUUUAAGAUUUUUACGAGCUGCCAAAUGGGAUCGUGAAAAUACUAUUAAAAAUUUAGAAGAGACUAUGUCUUGGAGAAGAGAGGUUGGGAUCACUUAUGAGAAUGAUGAGGAUCCAUUGACUGGUGCCAAGGUUGCCAUUGAGAAUGAAACUGGGAAGGAGGUUCUGUUGGGGUUUGAUAGAAAUAGGAGACCUAUUUUCUAUAUGAAAAAUGGUAGACAGAAUACAGAACCUUCGUUCAGACAGGUUCAGCAAUUGAUAUACAUGAUGGAAGCAGCAGUGACAUUGACUCCCCAAGGUGUAGAGAAAUUGACCGUAUUGAUCGAUUUGAAAGGUUACAAAGAACCAGGAAUCAUCUCUGAUAAAUCACCACCUUUAUCAAUCACUAAGUUGUGUUUAAAAGUAAUGCAAGAUUAUUUCCCUGAAAGAUUAGGUAAAUGUCUAUUGACCAACAUUCCAUGGUAUGCUUGGGCUUUUUUAAAAAUGGUAUAUCCAUUCUUAGAUCCAAAUACAAGGGAGAAAACUAUCUUUGACGAACCAUUCGAUAAGCAUAUCGAACCUUCUCAAUUAGAGGCAUUGUACAACGGUAGAUUGGAUUUCAAAUACAAUCAUAAAGUGUACUGGCCUGAUUUGGUGGAGAAAGUGGAAUCUAUUCGCCAAAGACAAUACGAUAGAUUCGUAAAAUUUGGUGGUAACAUUGGUUUAAGCGAAUACGAUUUAAAAGGCUCUCACGAUGAACUCAUCUACGAAGUAGAUUAUGUCAACAUAGAAUAA